AUGUCUCGAACCCCGCUACCGCAAUGGAUGUAUCCCGCAUCCAGUGGUCAACCGUCGGAUGCAAGAUCCUACGCCGCUGGUGACGAUCACCAGAUGUUGACGAUGCCAAAUCGAUUCCACACUCUGGAAGAUCCCCCACGCUUCCUCUAUCCUGACAAUCAGGGCUACGCUCCGACUUAUGUGCAUCCUGCAUCAAACUCCAGGGCUCCUUAUCACGGCAGAACUUGGGACAGCUUCGCAGACCCCAAAUUUAACCCUUCGCCAAUACCGGUUGCCAAUCAUAGUGUCUAUCCUCAGUAUGGGGCCCAAAGGUCAAAUGCCAUGAGAGGCGCGGAGUAUGCCUCUGCUUCAGCCUCUGUCUCUAGCCCUUAUCAGGAUUCCCCCAGUUACAGUCGCGGUUCUAUUGGUUCUAUUUCCGGGACGCGGACAAAUGAUGUGGAGUCUCAGUACAGUAGCAGCUCGGCGACCUUUCCAAGCCCCGUUCACUCAGAGGAGAGCUCAGCAAUGUAUCCUGCGCUCGCACCACCCAUAAAACCCCAGGCACAACAGCAUCAGCGGCACACCACGUCCAGCAUGCCUUCUGGGUUUGAAAGGUUGCUUCACCAUUCUCCAACUCCAUCACCUCCGCCACGAAGAACCUCCACGACAUCACGGCAUCACCUCUUCAUUCGACAACAGCCCCUCGCAGCCCGGGCUUGUGGUGCCGGAGACCGAGACCGCCGCCCUGUAGACCCACCUCCAAUUCUACAGCUGCUAUUAACGGACUUUGACUCCAGCACAUCAGAUGAUAUCGAUAUCCUCCAAGACCCGCGCUUUACCGUUGGCUGCUUCCUGGUUCCCGAAACGCGAGGAUCGAUUUCGUCCGACAUGGAUGGUGAUAGUGCCCUUCGAGAGGAUCGUCUCGGAACUGCUCCCGGCCAAUCUACACCAUUGCUUUCGGGCAAAGCAUUUGUCUCGCCUUUCUUUGUCGAUGAAGACCCUGAUCCAACAACUGCCCCAAAUCAUCCAUCAACAUUUGAUUUUCACCUACCGGAACGAUGA